ACGGCGCGAGCGUGGUCACGUGGUCGCUGGUCACCGCCGCCGCCACCCCCUCCCGCCCUGUUCUCUUUCUGGUCCGGCCGGGCCCGGCCGGUUCCACGAGCGCUCGGCAGAGACUGAGGGAGAGAGAGAGAAAGAGGAGGGGAGGAGGAGGAGGAUUCAGGGAAUAGGAGCUGGGGAGCCCUUCUGCGCCACAGAAAAUUUGCAAAGACUUUGAGAAGACAGGAAAAUUAUCAGAAAGACAGCACCAUUAUACUGGUUCUUUCUUGCCUUCCAUCUUUCCAUAUUUGUAUGUCUCUUCUUUCAUCGUGAGAACAUUGGCUUCCGACAGCAUCAACACAUUAACUUACUUGCGCAGCUCAAUAAUACAUCUGAAAUAGUUUCAGAAUUGGUUCAUUAUACCACUACAAUGAACAAAUCUACCAAAAAGAAUUCAAGAUUUGUUUGAAGUACUCUCUCCUCACCCCACUGAAUUCUGUAUUUGCUUCUUUGUCAGAAGCUUGGUUGAGGGAAAACUCAAGUGAUCUCUAUUUCUUCAUUCUUCUUUGCUUCCUGUUUGCCAACCAAGACUUGUAUUUGGAGAACUCUGUUGUACUGAAUCUGAAGUCAUCUUCAGAUUAGAGCAUGCAUUUUCAGGUGUCAGUUAGAUUUCUGGAUCAAUAAAGAUCUCCUGAAAGAAACAAAAUGAGAAACUAUUAUGUGAAAUCUAAUUGUAAUGUAUAAGCGGGAAAAAAAAUCCUAUGGGAUACUCAAAGGAUCCAUAUUUUUGAACUGUAGUCACUUUCAGUGACAUUGUUCGGUUCUCACAAUGUAUCAUUCCUUAUCUGAAACUAGACAUCCUCUGCAGCCAGAAGAACAGGAAGUGGGCUUUGACCCCUUGUCAAGUUACUCAAACAAGUCUGGAGGAGAUUCAAAUAAAAAUGGAAGAAGAAGUUCUACUUUAGAUUCUGAUGGGACUUUUAAUUCUUAUAGGAAAGAAUGGGAAGAACUAUUUGUAAACAACAAUUACUUGGCAACAAUAAGGCAGAAGGGGAUUAAUGGGCAGCUGAGAAGCAGCAGGUUCCGCAGCAUUUGCUGGAAGCUAUUUCUUUGUGUUCUUCCUCAAGAUAAAAGUCAGUGGAUAAGUAGAAUUAAAGAAUUAAGAGCAUGGUAUAGCAACGUUAAAGAAAUACACAUCACAAACCCAAGAAAGGUUGUUGGCCAGCAAGAUUUGAUGAUCAAUAAUCCUCUUUCACAGGAUGAAGGGAGUCUUUGGAACAAAUUCUUUCAAGAUAAAGAACUUCGAUCGAUGAUUGAACAAGAUGUCAAAAGAACAGCACUCUGUGGAGCGAACAGGAGAUGGAAACAUAGGUUUCCUGAAAUGCAGUUUUUCCAACAAGAAAAUGUGAGAAAAAUUCUUACAGAUGUUCUUUUCUGUUAUGCUAGAGAAAACGAGCAGUUGCUUUAUAAACAGGGCAUGCACGAGCUCUUAGCACCUAUAGUCUUUAUCCUCCACUGUGACCACCAAGCUUUUCUUCAUGCCAGUGAGUCUGCCCAACCAAGUGAGGAGAUGAAAACUCUCUUGAACCCUGAGUAUCUGGAACAUGAUGCCUAUGCAAUGUUCUCACAACUUAUGGAAACUGCUGAACCUUGGUUUUCUACUUUUGAGCAUGAUGGUCAAAAGGGAAAAGAAACACUGAUGACUCCCAUCCCCUUUGCUAGACCACAGGAUUUAGGGCCAACGAUUGCUAUUGUUACUAAAGUCAACCAGAUCCAGGAUCAUCUACUGAAGAAGCAUGAUAUUGAGCUUUAUAUGCACUUGAACAGACUAGAAAUCGCACCACAGAUAUAUGGGUUACGGUGGGUCCGGCUACUGUUUGGACGAGAGUUCCCCCUGCAGGAUCUUCUGGUGGUCUGGGAUGCCUUGUUUGCAGAUGGCCUCAGCCUGAGUUUAGUUGAUUAUAUCUUCAUAGCCAUGUUACUCUACAUCCGAGAUGCUUUGAUCUCUAGUAACUACCAGACCUGUCUUGGCCUUCUGAUGCAUUACCCACUAAUUGGGGAUGUACACUCACUGAUUCUUAAGGCUCUGUUCCUUCGAGAUCCAAAGAGAAAUCCAAGACCAGUGACUUACCAAUUUCAUCCAAAUUUAGAUUAUUACAAAGCACGGGGAGCAGACCUCAUGAAUAAAAGCCGGGCCAACGUCAAAGGUGCUCCCCUGAAUAUAAAUAAGGUCUCUAAUAGCCUGAUAAAUUUUGGAAGAAAGUUGAUUUCUCCAGCAAUGGCCCCAGGCAGUGCGGGUGGCCCUGUACCAGCGGGCAGUAGUGGAGGCUCCUCCACUGCUGUGCCUCCCACCAGGACCCUGGCAGAGGUCCCCAGGCAUCCCCUGCAGCAGCAGCAGCAGCAGCAGCAGCAGCAGCAGCAGCAGCAGCAGCAGCAGAGACUGAUGAAAUCGGAAAGCAUGCCAGUGCAAUUGAACAAAGGCGAUGUAGUUACAGGAAGCGAUGCUCAGGUUUCUGUUCCUGUCCAGACUCUAACUGACCUCCAAGGACAGAGUUCUAAAACCAUCAGCUCAUCCCCGAGCACUGAAAGUUUGCCUGGAGGAAGGGAAUUCACUGGCUCCCCACCUUCAUCUGCUACUAAAAAGGACUCCUUUUUUAGCAACAUCUCCCGUUCCCGCUCACACAGCAAAACUAUGGGCAGAAAAGAAUCUGAAGAAGAAUUAGAAGCCCAGAUUUCCUUCCUUCAAGGACAAUUAAAUGACCUGGAUGCCAUGUGCAAAUACUGUGCGAAGGUGAUGGACACCCAUCUUGUAAAUAUUCAAGAUGUGAUAUUACAAGAAAAUUUGGAAAAAGAAGAUCAAAUUCUGGUUUCUCUGGCAGGAUUAAAACAGAUCAAAGACAUUCUAAAAGGUUCCCUGCGUUUCAACCAGAGUCAGCUGGAAGCUGAGGAGAAUGAGCAGAUCACCAUCUCAGAUGAUCACUACUGCUCCAGUGGCCAGGGCCAAGGCCAAGGCCAGAGCGACCAAACACCUGGGGCCGCCAAGCAGUCCUCUUCAGAAGCACCAGGGCGCACGGACAGAGGGAGCGCAGACGACUUCAUCCUGGUCUCCAAAGAAGACGACACGGGCAGCACCAAGGGGUCCUUCUCAGGCCAGGCUCAGCCUCUUCGCACCCUCCGAACCACCUCUGGGAAAAGCGAGCCCCUGGCCCGCUCCCCUCUAGUGUUCUCUGACCCACUGAUGGGCCCAGCCUCAGCUUCCUCCAGCAACCCCAGCUCCAGCCCCGAUGAGGACAGCAGCAGCAACAGCAAGGACUCCGGCUUCACCAUUGUGAGCCCCCUGGACAUCUGACCACAGUGCCCUUGGCUUUCCUUGUAGGGACUGGCCACCCCCCUCAGCGGCCCCAGGGUCUGCCUGAGGCUCCCCCAGCGGAGACCCCUCUGAAACCAACACUUCCUUCCCGGCAGGCCUGUGGCCCUAGCGCAGCCCAUCGGAACCCUCCAGAGAGAGGCAGACGGGGCCACAGAGCACGCGGACUGAUGUUCACCAGAACGUAGACAGGGCUUUCGUGGCCCUUACCUCGUCCCACCCCACCCUUCCUCUGAGGUGGACCUGGGUUAAGUAUCCAGGAUCAUGCUCGCUGUCCAAAAAAAGACCAAACCACAAUUAGAAUCACUUUUCCUCUGUCCUCUUCUCCCCAGCUAAGAAUUAGGUGUGGCAACUCCUUUAAUUAUAACUAGAGAAGGAAGAAGAGUUGGUUUCAAAUCUUCCCUCCCUCAGAGCAUCAGGCGUAGGAAAAUCGAUUGAUAUCAAGAAGGCUUUCUCUCUGGAAAUCUGUAUCUCAGCGUCUUUCAUUCCUCCUUUGGGAAGCCAUACAGCAGAGCCAAAUACAACAGAAUGGACUAGAACUGGUAGAUUCCAGGCCUGGAAAAAACCCAUCACUGACCUUUCAGAAAGUUACAGCGAUCUUUAGAAACAGGGUCUAAACUUAGGAAUCCUAUUUCAGUGUGAUGGGAGUUAGAUUUUUUUCAUUUCUUAAAGAGUACAUUUCCAGACCUCAGGCCAGAUCGACUCUGGCCAUCACUGUCCCUCCUCAGACAACUGUAUUUCUCCUCUUAGGAUCUUUCACAACCAGAAAGCAAGGUCACGUUGAGCCAAUCUUUGCUGCACUGAUUUCAAAAGUUGUAACAAUAUUACUUCCUUGAAUUGGUAAAUGUGACCCUGACUUGUGGGAUAAACAUCUCUCAGUUUUCUGGUAAAGCCUCUGUAGCUUUGACGCUAGAAUACAUUUGUCACCUGUCAAUUGAGAAGUAAAGGGAAAAACCCAAACUCAUUCCCAUCCAGAGUCAGGAUCUCCCAUUGGCCUUAAAGUAGCAGUAACAGGGAACUAGACCUGGCGUCCCUUCUGGGGGAGCAGGGCUUCCCGCAGAACAUUCCAGAUGUCAGGAAGGUGUGGGAUUUCUGCACAGCCCUUCCUUGCUGGGAGCCAAGUGUAGGAGCUGCAGGGCCUGGGUUCGGUUGUGCACUGCAUCCCAGGCACCACCGCCGGGCCAGGACCAGGUCUGGCGUGGCUGCGCCUCCCCGGGCUUCAGCACAGGGUGGGGAUUUGUGCUUUUCCGUAGGCAGCUUAUGGAAUCGCGAUGGGCAGAAAGCAUCACAGGAGCUGUUUGUCUCCUUAAGGAGAAGUCCCUAUAGAGGACACUUCCCCUCUCCUGUGCCCAAGCAGGAGUUCUGACAGGAGAGCCACAGUGCCCCUGCCCUGAGGUGACUGGCUCUUAGGGCCUCUUCUCUGAGGAUGGCGAGGCCUCUGGGCAGCGGAACCUGUCAUGCCCACGAGCGAAAAGCUAAGUUUGAAAGAACACACACCGUGUACAUCCUUCCCACUGCUAACCAUGUAUCUCUCUACAGACAAACGUGAUAAUGACCUCAUUUCCCACGUGCUCUCGCUCUCCAAAAACUAGUGACGACUUGAGAGUCAGCUACUACAGAGAGGGUUCUAAGUAGCUCUAAGAUUUGUUCUUAACCUCUAGCAGGAAAAUCUCUGAACGCGUGAGCUGGAAGAGGAAUGACAACCCCGGUUUCGCUCAGAUAACAGGGUUGUUGGGCCUUCCGUGGUCACUCAAAGAUAUGCUGAUGAGCGUCCUGUCUGAGUGGUCUGCCCAGCCCCCUGUGGGGGUGACUGAGUAAGUUACUGUGUGUCGCCUUGAAGACACUUUGUAUGCUCCCAAGGUCCCCAUGCAGUGAGUGGCCUCGCAGCUGCACCGGGUUGCCAUUAUUUUCUCUCCGAGGACCUGGUUUGGGGAGCUGUUGGUGUUUUCGGUUCCAAGGUAAGAAGCCUGGAGCCAUCCUUGCCAGGGCUCCAGGACAGUGGCUGGAAAGGGCCACAGAGCUGGCUGUCCCCUCGCAGUGGCGGACAGCCGUCUGCUCGCUUCGAGCAUUUCCUUGGCCCUGAGAGCUAGAGUCGUGAUAGUCCAGUGUCAGUGGGCACACGGGAGCUGCCAGCCAGCCAGCACCCUGACAAGGCUCUAGGCCACCUCCCUGCAGUCGCAGUCGGCUGGGUGUCUACGAGUCACUGAACACCCCCGGCCCGCCAGCACACCAGGGGCAGGUCCUCCGCUCUGUGCUUCCGUGUCUGUGCUACACGGGAAGCGACGGGGUCCCUCAGAGCUGUUGCUUCUGCGGUCCCCAGUGCACUGCUCCCCCCUCCGAGGAAGGAGGCACGAGGGGGAGUGGGACGUGGGCAGUGCCACCCUCCACUUUCCAUAGAUCCAUGGGGUUUGAGAAUUGUAUUACUCUCUCAGUCGUUUUAAGUGACUUGUUGUUUUUCAUAGUCGAGCAUUGUUUGCAUUUUUAUUAGUUACAGUGCUAUUAAAAGAAUGUGUUCCUUCUUUUUUAUGAUUUUAUCAGGUACUUCUGUUUCAUUGCACAUUUUUUUAAAUCCUGAAUAUAUGAAACCUUUUUAUUUUUCUUUAACAAACAUAAUCAGUGGAACCCUCUCAUGUUUUGAUUAUUAGCAGUUAAAUAGAUUUUAUAUAUGUAAAGCUUAGAUGAAUUCUGUCAUCCACUUUUUUAAUAUGUGUGUCUGUGUUUCAUGCAUUCCUCUCUGAUCAGUCUGGAAAUUUGAGUUAAAUUUUCUCUCUGUACAUUACAUAUGAGAGCUACAGAUUAGAGAAAGAAAGUCAUUAUGACUUUGCCUUACCUUUUGUAUAUGCCAAGGGGUCUUAUAACACUUUAAACAUUUAAUUAUACUGGAUUCUUCUUCCAAAGGUGAUCUCCUGCAAAUGCUACUUCUAACUGCAAUCUGGUAAGAAGUAAUACCACUGCGGAAUAAGUGUGACUAAAAAUACACCCGAGGCCUCCCUGUGCUUUGCCUUCUCUGCAUCUGACAGAGUUCAUUAGUCCUUCGGGUCUGAUUGCCCACCGCUAACACGAAGGACUCCUCCAUUUUGUCAGAGACGAUGAACAAAUACAAAACUCAGUGGCAGUUACGUUGUCUCCUAAAGAUAGGUAAUCUGCCAGAGGUGACUUAAAUUUACUAUUUUUGUUUUCAUUUUAUUGUUUCCUUAAGAAGUUGCCUCCAGGGGCUGUUAUAGAACCAGUGUUGCGGGGAGCAGGGUGAGGGGCGAUGCAGGCCCUCCCAGUGGCUGUCCUGUGGAGGCCAGGCCAUGCCAUCAUUCCAUCCCCCUCCCCUGCAGGUGCACACCGGUCCCCGCCCCCAUGUGUACAGAACAGGGGCUCUGGGGGGCCGUGGGACAGGGAGAGGAGGCCGGGAUGAAUUAAGGACGGCACCUGGCAAGCCGAGCUUCCUUCUCACGGGCCAAAACCGCUUCCCCACCCCACCCCACCCCACCCCCCAUGUUACUUUCAAAAGCUCUCUUUUUAUAGUGUUGAAAAGAAAUCUAAAGUUCCUGUAAACAGGCUUGAGACCACUUUGAUGUAAAAGUUGUCAUAAUAAUUUGUCUCAUGAUGGCACAAUUCAUUUGACUUAUGGAAUAUCCUGUUGUGCCAUUUAUAUCCUAUUGCUUUGUUCUCAUUCAUCUUUAUGCUGUAACUCAUACUGAUUUAAGAAAUGACUUCUCCUUUUGGCAAAGUGAUCCCAUUAAAUACAGUUAUAAUAAAAGACUAAUGUGAAACUGA